UUGGUCAUGCGCAAAUCAUUGUCUAUUGGACAGCGCUGCGCAGAACCACGUAUACGCCAUGAAGACGAACAUUUUGUUAACGCUCGCUCUUGUGAUUUGUUUAAAUGCAGGAUAUUGCGCUGCCGUUAAGUGUUACAGUUGCAGUGGCUGUGGUGAUCCUUUUGGCAAGAAUGCCAAUACACUCACUGAUAAUUGUAUUCAGUGCAAGAAGACAAAGACAGAACUGUAUGGCGUACAGAGCGUGACACGAGAAUGUAUAACAAAAAAUUUCCUAAAUCAACUUUUUGAUCUUGCUCUAAACGAAUGCAAACAAAUGGAUCUUCUCAGUGUGGAAACGACCGUGUGUUACUGCGGCACCGAUGGAUGCAACGGAGGCUCAUCACUCUACAUCACCAUGGCGACCGUUCUUGUCCCACUUCUUGUGUUGGCGAAACAUGUUUUUAAAUGAAAUUCAUGCAUACAAUUUCUCGUUUUACAACUGCAAAAACGCAUUCCCCGAAUUUGUGUGUAAACUACUGACCAUGACAUUGCCAAAGCAUGUGUUGUUUUGUAAUUACUAUUUAAGCCUUUGCUCCUGAAAGUUCUGUAUACUCGAAUCUAUACCGAUUUUGUGUUAACCUUUGAGAUUGAAAUACCGGCAAUAACUUGAGAUUUUCAAAAAGCGCCUGUUGUUUGUUAUAAUUGCACACACGUGUCAUCUGAUUGUGAGUAUUUGCAAUCGACAUGCCAUAUAAAUUUAUGGAUGUAUUAAAUGUUGAGUUUUCUUUAA